GCUAAGCGUUAACGGAAAGCGCGUUAAGAAUAUAUGCAAACUAAUAAGCUUAUAAAUAAUACAUACUUGAUACAUACUUACUAAUACAGGCAUCUGAUGAAAAAUGCUACCAUACGAAUAAGUAAGAAGAAGAAGAACGGGGAUCCCAACUGUAACUCUGGGAUAGUUUUUGCUUGGGCGGGUUGUUAUGGGCGUGGCCAGGCCCAGGCACUCUAGGCUCGGCACCGCCUUGUUUUGCAUUGCAGAGCUGAGGAGGCAGACGGGAGAUCAGCAACAAGAUGGGAAAACAGUACUGGGACCCGGGCUCCUGAGCACGCUGUGGUCGGGGUGCUCGAUGAAGAGCACAAGAGGCAGCUUUCAUUAAAACGGGCCAGCGGGCAGGUUGGCAGGAUGGUGGAAAAGCAGACUCUGCACUCGUCAGGGGGCAUCACUCCAUUGCAGCAGAUGCUGGCUUCUGGCACUGGGGCUCUCUUCACAUCCCUCUUUGUUACCCCACUGGAUGUGGUCAAGAUAAGACUGCAAGCACAGAGGACACCGUUCUACAGAGCCUUGGCUGUAGACUCUGUGCCAUGGAGCAGUGUGAUUCGGCAGUCCAAGUGGAAGUGUUUCCUGUACUGCAAUGGGCUGAUGGACCACCUUUACGUGUGUGAGAAUGGCAGCGGGUGCACCAGCUGGUACAAGACCCCCAAUCACUUCAGAGGCACUGUGGAUGCGUUUGUGAAGAUCACCCGCUAUGAAGGAGUGCGGUCCCUCUGGAGUGGCUUGCCACCAACCUUGGUUAUGGCAGUUCCAGCCACAGUCAUCUACUUCACCUGCUACGACCAGCUGCGUGACUUCCUGCGAUAUGGAAUGGGAUACCAAGGAAGUCAGAUACCCCUGGUGGCCGGAGCACUUGCUCGAUUGGGUGCAGUGACGGUGAUUAGCCCCCUGGAGCUCAUCCGUACCAAAAUGCAGUCGAGACAGCUGUCUUACCGUGAGCUGCACACGUGCAUCCAGAUGGCUGUGGCACAGGGCGGCUGGCUGUCCCUCUGGCGGGGAUGGGGACCAACAAUACUCAGGGACGUGCCCUUCUCAGCUCUGUACUGGUUCAACUAUGAGCUGGUGAAGGCCCAGCUGUGCGAGAGGUACAGCGUUCAUGAAGCCACUUUCAAGAUGAGUUUUACAGCAGGAGCGAUCUCUGGAGCGAUUGCAGCCAUCAUGACUCUUCCAUUUGAUGUAGUGAAAACCCAGAGGCAGAUUGAGCUGGGGGAAAUGGAGACACUGAAAGUGUCUUCCAGGAAGCCUACAUCCACUUGGCUCAUAAUGAAAAGAAUCCGCACAGAGUCUGGGAUCAGGGGCCUGUUUGCAGGAUUCAUGCCCCGAGUAAUAAAAGUGGCCCCGGCCUGUGCGGUUAUGAUCAGCACUUACGAGUUUGGGAAAGCCUUCUUUCAGAAGCUGAACUAUGAGCGAGAGCUCCAAAACCUGUGAAAAGUAAAGCCAAGUGACUGGCCAUGUCCGUUCUGUCCAUUUUUGUUUUGCACGUUGUGCUGCUGUCAAGCUGACCACCUCACUUUGUUGUUUUAUUGCUGAGCGGAUAGAAGCAACUCUGAUUCUUUACUUUUGCAGUCCCACCCUGAAGCACUUCUUCUUCUUCUCAGACUUAGAGGUCCCCCAUGAUGCUUACAUGCUUGUUAUCGUUGAAAGUCUGUUUGCUCGACUGUCUCCAGCCUCUCGACUGCUUUCCUGAUUCUGUGACUUUGCUCAUUUCUGUCGUUAUAUUUAGGAGCUCAUGGACGUCUUACUGGGCAGGCUGAAUCGAGAAGAUGACUGUCGUAUACCUUCUGCCUUCUUGCCCCGAUUAAUUCGCCUCAGGACCCAAGUUUCCCAGAUGUGCUCUUUAUAAGAAGUGCAGUGGACAAGUGGAGUUCUGGAUGUUCUCAGGGUUUUCCUGUAUCUCCUCCAACCCCCUUUCAGUGGGAGGUUGUACCAUUUGAAAUCAGUCAGAUGAGCUCCUCCGUCGUCCAACCCUCUCCCUAUUCAUCUAGUCAGCCCUACAUGCUGUUCGACCUUCUCAUUGAGAAAAGGGGCAUGUGGAAAGUCGGAGGCUGCCGUUUGUUUGGUGGUCGCCCACCUAGCACUUCAAAGGAUCAAACCUCGGGUCUGACUGCAGUUGUGUGUCACCUGAGCACCAGCCUAUCCUAUCCUGAAGAUCCACGUCUUUCUCCAUUUGAAGAAUUAAGAGACCCCUCUUCCAGUAAGCUGCAGGACAGAUGUCUUGAAUGAACGGACAUCAUUUGCCUUUAUAAAUGGGAGCUAAAGUAGUCAUGUGAGCAGAAGGCAUGCGAGACUUGUGAAGAAAGCAGACCAUGAAGUGUAGAUGGAGAAGUGGGAGUAACGCUAACAUGGACAUGUCCAGCAGUGCGCCUUCGAAGUAAUGAGGCGAGUCCUCUGCAUUUUGGGACUCCACCUCAGGGGCCCAUGGUGGGGGUGGUCUUCAUUGUUGCUUGCUUUGUUUUCCUCGAUUUAACGUAGACUUUGCAGCCACAGUCUUGUCACCCAUUUUUUUUGUUGUUUUCCUAGGACUUUUAUUCACAUGACACUUGGCAGGUUUCGAUGGAUGUUUUGGGUGAAGGGCUGCUCGACGCCAACUACGUUCCUGCAACUUUCUUCCUUGUUACUUAAACAAAAAAUUCAGAACGCAUUGUGUAGCUCGUCACGGCCUUCAAUCACUGUGAAUAAGCUCAUUUGUUUGACGCUGUGAAGUGCCCUGCCAUCUUGUUUUCACUCGUUCCGUUUUUAUUUAUUGCUGUUUCACAUUUCCCUGUUGAUUAUGCUCCUCCGAUCACUCGACGUCUUUUCUCGUUAUUUUCGAUGCAUUGGUCGUUCAGUUUGGCCUCUGCUGCAUCACUUGAGCCCUUGGCCAGCUCCUCCCUGAGGGAGCACAUCCUUCACGAGGUGACCACCAGGUCCAUAUGUCGGACCACCGGCCUUAAUGCUCACAACCGCCCCUGCUACUGUGACGUUGGCCGCCCCUUCCUACUCGGUUGUGCAAACUUCACGUUGGCCUGUUUGUUUGCUCAGAAUGUGAGUAGAAGGGGUCUGAGAAGCAGGUGGGGGUCUCUAUUUACACUAAUUGGAUAUUAAUAAUGAUGGGGCACCUCAUCUGGGGGGAGGAGGGAUUGAAAGGGCCGACCCCCAUUAGGGUUUUUUUUUUGUUUUUGCAGGGCAUUUCAAAUGUGGUGUCGUUAGAUUACCUCACUAAGGGUGGGGUGGUUAAAUAAAGAGACAUGUGGUAGGUUUGGGGGGGGGGUCACCCCUUACCCCAAAUGUUUAAUUGGAAAUUAAUGGCAAAGGUAAUAAAAUGUUGUUUGUGGAUGCACUU